ACAGUUCUCACACAAUUCAGGCCCUCAGCUCCAGGAAACCCUAGCACGGAAAGGAGGAGCCCAACUCAAGAAAAUGGCGUCCAGCACGGUUGAGAACGUGAGUGACCAAGUUAGGACGGAUGGCAGGGAGGAUAGGAGCACGUUGCGGAAAUUAGAAUCGGCCAGUCAAGACACAGCUAGUUUGACGAAUCGUUCCAAUUGUGGGGAUGACGGAGGGAAUUGUACGCUUCGCCUUGCCUCGCCAGGAGAUGGAGUUAGUAAGGAAUAUGGUGUGCAAAGAUCCGACGGUACGGAUAGGUCAGGUGUGAACCAGUCGCAGAAGCGACAGCGGGAGGAGUCUUAUGAGCGCCAUGAGCCAGACAGUCAGGAGCCAAUUGGUGGAGUUCACGAUCACCAUGGAACGGGAGUCUCGAAUCCGGCUUCCGAUGAAGACCCUGGCGUUGUCGAUGAGAAAAGGCAAAAGCGGAUGCUAAGCAACCGUGAAUCGGCGAGACGAUCGAGAUUAAGAAAGCAGCACCAUCUGGACGAGAUGAAGCAGCAGGUUGCUCAAUUACGAGCGGAAAACACUGACAUGGUGACGAAGUAUAACCUGGCGUCACGACACUACGCUCAGAUCACUGACGAGAAUCGCGUCCUUAGAUCGCAUGCCAUGGAGCUCAGCCGUCGCCUCCAGCGAUUACACCACGCGGCAACUGCACAGGGUCACACCAUGGGACAUGAAUUCAUGGGCAUGGGACACAUGGAUCCAUCACUGCAGCUUGGUAUGGGAGGGAUGCCGUCUGGUGGCGGCAUGCCGCAUGGUCAGCAUCAUGCAAUGGCUCACAUGCCUCAGAUGGCCCAUCACGUGGCUGGAGCUCAUCCUUCAGCUUUUCAUUACCAGUUUCCAGGCUCCAUGACGCCGGAGCUCACGAGAUGAUUUGGCUUUGAGAGAUUAUGUUCCUCAUAGUAUACUGAACUGACUGCUCAUUAGCACUCAGGUUUGUUCUCAUGCGUGUUCGUGUUCUUGCUAGGUGAUUUCUAAUUUGGUUGGUGUGGUGUGUUCAGUGAGGAGAGAACAAUUUCGUGAUGUACAUUUGUUCAUCUAAUUUUGGAUUU